AUGUCUUUCUUCAUUGAGAAUCCCAACGUGGGCAACCACGACAACCUCGAAGAUGCGAGAAUUCGUGGCUAUAACCCUUUGACCCCUCCCAACCUCCUGCAACAUGAGAUCGCGAUGAGCGAAAUCUCGAAACAGACCGUCCUGGAUGGCCGUAAGGAGGCAGCUGCGAUCGUCAACGGCACCGACAACACACGCCUUCUGGUGGUCAUUGGACCCUGUUCCAUCCAUGACCCCGAUAUGGCGCUGGUGUACUGCGAUCGACUACUGCAGCAGAAGGCCAAAUACAAGGACGAGUUGCUUAUCGUCAUGCGCUCCUACCUAGAGAAGCCUCGCACUACUGUUGGCUGGAAGGGUCUGAUCAACGACCCUGACAUUGAUAACAGCUUCAAGAUCAACAAGGGUCUGCGCACCUCCCGUCAGCUUUUCGUUGACCUUACUGGCAAGGGCAUGCCUAUCGCCAGUGAAAUGCUCGAUACCAUUUCCCCCCAGUUUCUUGCGGACUGUCUUUCUGUCGGUGCUGUCGGUGCUCGUACCACCGAGUCCCAGGUCCAUCGCGAACUUUCCUCCGGUCUGUCUUUCCCUGUCGGUUUCAAGAAUGGUACCGACGGCUCCUUGGACGUGGCUGUGGAUGCCAUCGGUGCCGUUAACCAUCCUCACCACUUUCUUUCAGUCACAAAGCCCGGGCUGGUCGCCAUCGUCGGAACUGUCGGCAACCCCGAUUGCUUCGUGAUCCUGCGCGGAGGAAAGAAGGGCACCAACUAUGAUGCCGAGAGCAUUAAGGAGGCUAAGGAGAAGCUGACCCAGAAGGGUCUCAAGCCUCGUCUUAUGGUCGACUGCAGCCAUGGCAACUCCCUUAAGGACCACAGAAACCAGCCCAAGGUUGCGGCCGUCCUGGCCGAACAGAUUACCGCUGGCGAGACUGGCAUCAUGGGGGUGAUGAUUGAAAGCAAUAUCAAUGAGGGCAGCCAGAAGGUUCCUCCCGAGGGCAAGGCGGGUCUUAAGUACGGAGUCAGUAUCACCGAUGCCUGCAUUGGCUGGGAGGAUACCGAGUCCGUUCUCGAGCUCCUGGCCAAGGCUGUUCGCGCUCGGAAGGAAAAGAUCGGCAAUUAG